AUGGCCGACCUGUGCCCGAACUGUGCAGCCUUGGACGUCGAAGAACUACUAAAGUACAGGUUAUCAUCCUUCUACAGUGGUAUACCGAUCGGUUCGCCGCGAGACAUCAUCGAAAAGGGCAAAUAUUGCAACCUCUGCUUCCUGUUUUCCCAAGUACUCCUUGAGGAGUAUGGAGAGGCGUUCUUGUCGGAAGAAACUGACCAUGUUCAAUGCUCUAUAUCCACCUCGUCAACAUGGAAGUUUUACAUGGAUCAGCGUGACCUCAGCAGCGGCAGAAUCGACGGCAAAAUCACAGAACCUCACGAUAUGAAAGCUGCUCCAGAUAUCGCCGGCCACGAACAAACGAGUUUACGUAUCAACAUCACCCUCAUCGGCCGUGAUAAGAUUAGGUCGUGCAUCGUGAGCCCGGCCGUCGACCCAACAACAAGUCGUUCCAGCAAUCAGCUUCGCCAAAGGCUACUCCGGCCUGACGGUAUCGACUUCGACCUUGUGAGAAAGUGGUACCGUCUAUGUCGCACCGUCCAUGCGGAACGAUGCUCAAGCCCACAUUGGCUCCAUGUCGAGCAGUACGAUUCGCUCAAGGUCGUUGAUGUGGAAAGACGGUGCGUCCAGCUAGCACCUACAUCUUGCAGAUACGCCGCUUUGAGUUAUGUGUGGGGUUCUUCAGAGUCGCAUGUCAUUCUCGGGGUAGACGAGCACAAACAACUCGUCGAAGAACCUUUCCAGCUGACGAUACUGCCGACCGUCGUCGAAGAUGCUAUUCGAGUAACCAAGGAGCUGGGGCUGAGGUACCUCUGGGUCGAUGCACUUUGCAUCCCCCAGAAGCCCGCAAACAAUCCCGAGAAAGCUCAGCAACUGCAACAGAUGAACAGCAUAUUUAAAUCAGCUGAAAUCUGCAUCAUCGCGGCUGGAUGCAAGGAAGUUGAUGAUCACAUUCCUGGAGUACACAUUCCGAGAGCAGGAACCACUUGGAGAGAGAUCAAUGGUCGGGUGCUGGCAGUCAGUCAGCCGAAAUACGAAGAUGAAAUCCCGUCGACAACCUGGAAUGGAAGAGCCUGGACGUACCAAGAACGCAUGCUGUCUCGUCGAACACUCACUUUAGGUCCCACGCAGGCGUUUUGA